ACCUGUUUGUUUCUGUUGCUAGUUGAUUGAUAUCGCUGUUCUUGUUCUUGAUGGUUAUAAAGUUUAAUCCUCAAAGUAAAAGUGCUAGUUUCAACAUUUUUUAGGUGUAUUUCUGACCAGUUUAACUUAUAGCCUAGGCUACUUUGUAACUUAUACUGUAAGCAGUCAGUUUAAAUAGCCUACGGACCUAGGCCUACAAGGUGUUUUCUUUCCUAUGCCUGUAGGGCCUAUCGAUAUCUUCUUAGAUUCUGUACUAAGGCUGCUGUCAAGAUGAGUUCAACUCCACUAAGACCAAUCGAUGACGGCAAUAACUCCACUCCUGUUCAAACAAAUUAUGCACGGCUGCAAAAAAAGAAUUUAAGGUCGAACAUCAAGGAUCUACUUCAACGUUUUAAAUUCAAAGAGUUAAUAAGUGAUGUAGUCCUUGGAAUUUUCGAUCUUGAACCUGAAGAAGUGAAAGAAAAAAUGAGUGAACUCAGAUUACCUUCUGAUAAGGAUUCUGUGGCGACAUUGCUGUCCAGCAGAACACAGGCAUUCAGUGUUCAAGAUUUGGAAGAAAUGUAUCACUUAUUAUUGCUCUACAGGACAGCUUUUGACAGUAAAAAGAAAAAGUGGACACCUGUCAACCUUCUAGAGCCAGCUGAUGACUUGUCUUUUGCGACAGAUGAAAAUUUGAUCAGGCUCAAUAUACUACAAGGUCUCCGCAUCAAGGGCCUUAAUGCAGUUGUCAAAGUUAUUACCCACGAAGAUUUAAUAUGGGUGAUGAUAAUUGAGAAGAAGCUGACAAGAAGAAGAGGAAUAAAACUGAUGACUCCUUUAUUUAUUUGCUAUGAAAUUGGGACUCCAUACAUUUUCACUGCUUCAAAAAUAAAUGAAACCACAAUGGAGUGCUUGCUGCGGGCAAUGAAGUACAAAAAACACAAAUUGCAGCACCUCGAAGGCCGUGAUGUCAAAUCACUUUUGUCACUACUCAAACACAAAACCAGUAACAGGAGCAACCAAAUUGUUCCGUGCACUCAAGGAGCUGUCAGAGUUGGACACAGAUACUUUGAUGUUUCUAAAAAGCAAUCACGUGAGACUUAUGUCAACAGAGUUUUUGACACAAAAGAUCCGAUAAUUUUGGAAACUUUCAAUGUUAGGGCAAACACUGUAUGGAGAGGAGAUGUGAUACCUGGGAUGCAAGGUGAACCUUUCACAAUGGCUCUAAGUCUCCAGUCCAAGAACCUGGUGGGAAUGAUCAAGCACAUGUCUAGCAUCGACAUGAUCAACACCCCACUGCCUGACUAUCUACAGGAGAUCACACGGUCAGGCAAGAACCAAGUCUGCAUGAAGUCAAGGGGAACCUCCAAAUGACUUGGUCUGUACUGUAUUGUGUGUAAAGACCACAGAAAGUGUGUGUUAAAAGAUUUGUUAAUCUGUGAAUGUAUUUUUUUAUAUCACUAGUGUAUGUACAGUUAUAUUUAGUUUUUACUUUAUUAUUUCUAUGGAAAAUGUAAAUUAUUUCCUUAAAGUGGUGAAAUCUGUGUUUAUUCCAUGUGAACCCUGUUCAAAUAAGGGAAUAAAUUAAUUUAAAAAAUAAAGAUUUAAUUCUUAAUUUUCAA